CACGGCUCGGCUUAAAGCAAAAAAGCUGCUAAACUUUACUCGCUGUUGAGCUCAGGUUUUCUCUGUUCCCACGACUCUAAAUGUCUUCCCAGCUGUCAGCUGGACUGGAAACCUAAAAAGACCCUGAGGAGAGGCAACCAUGCUCCGCUGCAGGAGGUGUCGGAAAGGCAUCAUUGACUCAACAUGUUUGUCAAUGGUUGAGGCCACAGAUGAAGGCUCAGCUGCCGUUUGCAGUAUUUGGCAUGUCAAUGUUGACACACUGCCAGAGUGGAUACUGACCUCAGUUCACCAGGCCCAGUGGACUGUAGGAAAACUCAACUGCCAGCACUGUGGAGCUCGCUUGGGCGGCUUCAACUUCAUCAACCGCAGCGAGUGUCCCUGUGGGCGAGACGCCACUGUCCACCUCAACAAAAGUCGCGUUGAUCAAGAUCAGAAACACUACGUUCUCAUCGUCCAGCCGAAAAGGACGAGGCCUGAGAAGGAACAGGCUGUUCUGCUGACAGAUGGCUCUCAGGACAGAGAGCAGAGGCCUGAGUUUAACAGGACGGCACUGGACACUUUACAGCUUAACUGUGCUGCUGUCAUGUCCCACAUCAGCCCCGCUGAGGCCUCUAACUCACUGACUGACAGUGAGAACACACAGUCAUUUUCUUUCAGUCCUCUCUACUGCAUCUCUCACAGGAGGCGGUGCAGCUUGGAAGACGAUGCCACCAUCAGGUCGUCAUGUUUUUGCCCUGCAGGCCCUACCGUCAGCUCUGCUCUUGAGAGCACAAGGACGGGGACAUAUGAGUCGACACGCUCACCUGUCUUGUAUCCCACGAGUCAGCAGUUUGACACUGAUGGUGAAGCCUCAUUCAGUGCUGUCGCCUGUCGUUCAUUUGUUUCUGGAAGGACACAGUCACCUCUGCAUCAACAACUGCUGCAAACUGUGGAAGACGCCGAGUCUUCUCCAGAGACAACAGCUGUCCACGAGGAUGUGUCUGUUUCAGCCCUGUUCCUCAGAGGGAGGUCCAUCUCUGACAGUGUGGCCGAGCCGGAUGAGGAAGUUCUGCCCCAAGCCUCUAUGGCCUCCCCAGCCUCAAACAGACUGAGCAAAAGAGAGAAGAACCGUCUCAAGAGUCUUCGAAGGAAACAGAGGAGGAGAGAGCGAUGGCUGCACAGCCAGCUGGAGCAGGCUGAGAGUGUGGGUGGUUCACUGUUGGACAGCGAGGAGGAGGACAGAGAGGGCCUCACCUGCGCCGUGUGUCUCGACGUCUACUUCAGCCCGUACAGCUGUCAGCCCUGCGGCCACGUCUUCUGCGAGCCGUGUCUCCGCACUAUCGCCAAGAACCGACCAACAAACACACCCUGCCCUCUCUGCCGCACCCUCAUCUCACACACAGACUUCCACAAAGAGCUCAACCAAACAGCGAAGACCUUCUUCCCGAAAGCGUACUACGCCCGCAAGCAGAACUUCCAGAGUGCUUCGUGUGCAAAAUGGCCGCUGCCCAGCUGUUGCAAGCGCUUCCGUACCUUCUGGGGAGAACAGAGGCAGGCGGCGGCGGCAGCAGGGAGACGCUGGCACUUUGUUCACGGAGGUUUCGCGCUGGACGCUUUGGACUUCACUGACAUGCGAGGCUGGCUCUUCGACAUCGGCCUGGUCAUCGUCUACAUCCACUCAGUCAACUGGAUCCUGGCUUUCCUCUUCUUCUGUUUCCUCAUGUACUACUUCUUUUUUUGAGACACGGGAGUGCCCAGAGUUUGCAGUGCAGGUUUACCUUUAUUUUCUUAAAAGAGAUUGGUAGUGGUCCUGGUUUUGCCAGUUGGAAAGAGUCACAAGUCAAACCUGUUAUUUCAGUGGUAAAGUAUCUAGAAAAAAAACAGGGGUAGUCGUGACAUACAGAGUAGUGAGGAGCAGGAAUCUGAACAUUUGCAGGUUUGAAAUUUGCGCGAAUGGUUCCAGAAGUCUACAAUAUGUCCUAACUGACUACAGACUGACUUUAAGAAGAUAUCAUGGUUUGAACAGGGCUGUUUUUUGCCACUGAUAAGUACCCAUGGUGUAAGUGCAAUAAUACAUAAGGAAACCCUCAUCAAAUGUGUGACGUUUGGCAAUUAAACAGUUUGGUGAUAAUGGUGGUGAUGAUCAGACAGACCAAAAAAAAACCAUGAUUAAUGAAUGAUUUAUGAUGUAAUCUGACACGUUUUUCAACGAGGAAUAGUUCAACAUUUUGGGAAAAAAAUGCUUGUUGCCUUACUUUCAUAGAGGUAGAACAUCGAUGCUCUAAUAUCUGUGUGCUAUGUAAGGUGCAGGAGCCAGGAGGUAAUUAGCCUAGCUUAGCAUAAAGACUGGAAGCAGGGGAACACAGCUAGCCUGGCUGCGUCUCUUGUUUUUCGGACCCAUUUUAGAUGCAACCAUGCAGAUUUCCACAUGAUAAAAGCGUGUCGUCAGACAUUAAGGCUAGCCAGCGCCAUUUUAAGAGACUUACGCUAGCUAGCUAGCUAGCUAGCUAGCCCACUUAUUGAUGUACCCUGCAGGUGCCUGAAGAUGUUGGCAAAAUACGACAGCUACAGUAGCUUGGAAAACAGCGAAAUGUAUAGUUAAAGCUUGUUUUCUGGCAAAAUUUUAGUCGACUUCUGCUGGUAGAUCAACGGGGAGCUGCAGGAAGAGAGGAAGCGAAACACCAUUCAUCUGCAUGCAUCUGCAUACACAAGACACGAUACGUGAAAGAGGUAAUGUCAGAGGGGCAUCGAAACCCCAUGUCUUGCCUCUGAAGUGAGAAAUGAGAGGAGGUAAAGUUCCUCAGUGUUUUUUGGCAAGGGUGGUGUUCAAAGCCACUCAAGAAGUCAAGCUUUGCUGUUUCACGGGGCACCCAGUGUGCUGCAACAAGUACAGCAUGCAGCAGUAGGCUGGCAGCUGGCUUUUGUCACAUGGUCAGUGGGCGUGGUUUCAUCUAAAGUGGGUUGGAAAAACAGCAGCCUGGCUUGUUCCAAAGUGAAGUUAGGGUGUUUUUAGAGGUGCUGGGACAACAGUAUUUCUUGGCAAACAGCAGCAGGGCAGCACAGUUUCCUGCUACAUCAGGUUUGGUACCAAUAUACCUGUACAGAGACCAAACCCAUAAUGCUCGCUUGACAGUAUGUGGCAACCUGCGCUAGUUUAUACAUGUAACAAAAGAAACAAUACAGACACGAGAUCAUUAAUAAUGCAUCUCAUCUAACUUUCUAAAUGAUGAUGUACAUUGAAAUUAUUCUAGACAUUUAAAAUAACAUUUGAAGUGAGACGCACUGCUGAGAAAGUUUUGCCUUCACGUGUACAAGUCGUUUUAUUUACUUAUUAGUGGGGUGCUCAGGAAUCAGAAAUCUGUCAAGUAAAGACAGCAGCAACUAUUAAUGGAUGUGUUUGAUUGAUGGGCUGAAAGGAGCAGAAAGAACAGACAGAAAAUCAGAUACACAAAUGGGUUAAAUACCCAUGUCAGUACGGUGCCUUGGCUUAGUUUGUGCCUUCUGUCUGUCACAAGGAAUAUGAAACUGGAAUCUCACUGUUUUUAAGUUUCAGGUCUCACGCUUUGAGUAGACACUAGAAGGGGUCCGUCUCUUAAAGGAAAAGGCUAGAAAAUCUCCUCCCAAGAUGAGCAAAUGCUUUAGUUGAGUAAGUCAUUCUGUUUUAAUUGUAUUCUUACAAGGAAAAAAAUAAUGUUUACAUGUUGUUUCAUUUUUCUGCUUUAAUUAAAAAAGUUUUGUUUUCUCCAUCAGUCAGUAUGGAAACUAACAACAGGUCGGGCCAUAUUAAUGGAUUAGUGACAAUGGUUCAUGAAUAAAAAUGUAUCUAUAUAGAGAACUUUAUUUAACAAACUGAUGAAGCCUGUUUUUUCACUGCUCUCUACCACUUCAUGAUGGUCGUCUAGUUUUAGUCAGUAGCAGUAAUUAAAAAAGGGACACCUCCUCCAUGAGUUGGGUGAGUUAUUUUUUUCCGAAAUAUAUUUAGAGCAAACAGCGGCUUUUGUUAGAAGAGCUAAAAGUGAUGUUCAAACUGUGACACAAAAAGCAGAGUUGUAAUGAAUACACAACAUUUGCUGCCAACAAA